AGUACGCAUGCGCAUCACUGACAGCUAACUAGCGCAGCGCACUUCACCACAACAGCCAGCUGAUUCCAACCACCCAGCCUCCCACAGUUAUCACCGUUUGAGGUUUGUUCUCGAUACAACAUCCACCGUCAGGACCUGAAUUUAAACCCUAUGGGAGAGACAUAAUCAGGAGCUGUUUUAUUCAAGUAUGGCGGCUGUUCUAGAAAGCUUCAGCAGCUCUUCGUCUGUGUAGUCGGCUAGCUGGCUAGCUAGGUAAAGUUGAUAGCAUCAACGCUAGCUAGCGAAGUUACAGCGGAUUCCAUCAAGCUGGCAUCGGAACACCUCACCGUAAGCCAUGGGGAUACUCUUCACGAAGCUGUGGAGGCUUUUUAAUCAUCAAGAGCACAAAGUUAUCAUUGUGGGGCUGGACAAUGCCGGCAAGACCACCAUUCUUUACCAGUUUUCAAUGAACGAAGUGGUACACACCUCUCCGACAAUAGGGAGCAACGUGGAGGAGAUUGUCGUCAACAACACUCAUUUCCUGAUGUGGGACAUAGGGGGCCAGGAGUCUCUGAGGUCAUCAUGGAACACGUACUACACAAACACAGAGUUUGUCAUCGUGGUGGUAGACAGCACGGACAGAGAAAGGAUCUCAGUGACCAAAGAGGAACUCUACAGAAUGCUAGCACAUGAAGAUUUACGAAAGGCAGGCUUGUUGAUCUUUGCCAACAAGCAGGAUGUGAAAGGCUGCAUGUCUGUGGCUGAGAUCUCCCAGAGCCUUCAGCUUACCUCUGUGAAAGACCACCAGUGGCACAUUCAGGCCUGCUGCGCCCUCACUGGGGAGGGGUUGUGCCAGGGUCUGGAGUGGAUGAUGUCACGGCUGCGUGUGAGAUGAUGACCUUUGACAUCUAUCCGGAGUACGCCCUUGCCCUUUGUUUUCUCUGCCUCCAGACAUGAGCUUGAAACAAGUGUGGGGGGCUUGGGUCGGUUGAUGGAUGGCCUCUCUCCUCUUUCCUGUGAUGCUGACAUGGGCAGACCGCUGCCGGGACGUUCUAUUCCUCUGUGAUAAUUUAUUUUACAAAAAGACGUCUGAGAACAAAAAAAACAUGACCUUAUCAAAGGGACAUUUGACAACAAAAAGAGACUCAAAAUUUAUUUAAACAGAAAUUUCUUGCACGGUUUUCUUUACAGCGACACACAGAAGUCAGCAAAGCGUCUGACUUGGAACUGUACAUGGACUUCUUCUUCUUCAGUUGUGUGUGAGUCUUGCCCACCGUGGCCUUGCAGUAUUGCCGGACUGGCUGUGGCGGUUUUUAUUGCCCCCCUCCCCCCUGUGUGUACAGUCCAGUAUUCUCUUUUAACGUGGUGCCUGCAGCAGAAUGUUCAAGCAAUGAUGGUUGAUGGUUGAUGGCGACUGAAACCUGUGGAAAGGAGGGUCGAAUCACAAAAUGCCCUCCUCCUUUCAGUCCCUAUGAAUAAUCAAUGAAUAAAGUGUUUUUAUCUGUUUCAGGUGAA